AUGUGAAUGCAUGCGUGAGCAGUGCUCAGCAACUGUCAGCGACAUCCUGGGAAGGAUUUCAACCAUCAACUGUCUAAGCACGUGUGAACAUAUUGCACUGGGCUUUGUUUGGAACGUAUGGUGGAACAUAUUCAUGUAUUAAUGUGGCUUUGAUAAAUAAACCACGAGUUUUAUAAACAAUUUAACAUGAAUGCAAAAUUUUGAAAAGUUUGAUUUGAAAAGAAAAACAAACGAACAACUACAAUGACGUCACCAUUUGACCACGAGUCUGUACCAGAGACCUUAACUGACAACAACGACAAUUUUCUCCAUAUGACGCUAACUCAACAAAAUUCAGCAGACAUUUUCAUACUCCUGAAUGUUCUUUCCCAUUCUCGGACUGGUAUGUUCUCUCAAAAAGCUCUAGAUACAGGUUUGAUAACUGCUUGUAAAAUAAGGAAUCCAUUGAUUGUCCAGGGUUUGCUCCACAAUGGGGCCAACCUGGAAACCAGAGAUGGAAGGGGAAUGACUCCGUUACUGCUAUGUGCUGAAUUAUCUAUGAGCGAAUUGGCAAAGAUUCUGCUACAGAGAGGCGCAAAUGUUAAUGCCAUCAAUUUAUAUGGUGAGACUCCUUUGAUCUUUUCCACUUAUCCAUCUGGAUCAUCAGCCAUGACGAAACUCCUGUUGGAACAUCCACAAGUAGAUUUAAGACACCAAAAUAAUAAUGGUUAUACUGCACUAAUGAGUGCUCUAGAGGCACAAAAUAUUUCUGUCGCGAAGCUUUUGAUAAACGCUGAAAAUCUUUAUAUAACUGAUGGUCAUCACGAGCGUAUAGUUAAUAACGACGGAGAAACCGUGGAAGAGAUAGCUCAACGUGUUGGAGUAGCAGAUCUUUUAAAACUCAUGAGGUACGAAAAGCGUACAGGGGUUAGGUCACUCCACCAAGCCGUGUUGAACAGAGACAUCAAAUCUGUCCUGUUUUUAACAAGUUACAACAUAGGUGUGCAAGACAAUAAGCUUUGCAGUACACUUACUGGUUUUUUAAAUUCAAUCAAAGGCAAUGUUCAAGAAGUUGAAUAUCAAAUUGUAAAUAUUCUCUGUGAAAAAUUGGGUCAAAAUGACGAGCUAAAAGAUGAUAAAGACGCGGUGAUUGAGCUCGCAUUGGGUCUAGCAGACUUGAAGCUGAUUCAAAUUCUUUGUAACCACGGAUUCAUCGGCUCCUACAAAUCGCUAUCGACGGCUGCCGCUAUAGGACGACAGGAUAUCCUGUGUUUGCUUCUUAACACUGGCGCUGAAGUGAACAAAUUGGACAGUCGAGGACAAAUUCAGUACAG